AUGUCUGGGAGGCGCGAGGAACGUGUUUACGCUGCGGCGGAGGGGGAUCCCGCCACAGAUGUGCCGCAGGGACGGCGCAGGGAGAGGUCGGGACCCGACGGCGACACGCGGCAACCUGCGGCACAGCGCAGAAGGCUGGAGGAAGCACCGCCGGUCCUGAGGUGGACUCUUACCAGCACGGUGGAGGAAGUACUGCUGGAGGGAAGCGUGCGCCCCGACAGAAUGAAGCUGAACGACUUCCUUCGCAGCCAAUUGGACGGCGUGGGCGUGGAGCCAAGGAACGAGAGCGUCUCUAUGGAGGAUUUUCUUGCGGGGCCCGGGACAUUCAUCACAAGUGAGGGAGUGUUGGACACAAUAAAGAAGACCGAGCUGUUCAAGAGCGUGGAAGAAGCACGCAAGCUUGCGGGCCAGGGCGUGAGCACUCUCCAGCACUGGAGGGGGUUUGCAGGGAGGGGCGCGGCUAGUCCUCAAGCAAGGGGGAGGCUGGACGCAGCGCUUGACGCGGCGGUGGAGGAGGAAGCGAGGCAGAGGCGGGAAGAGUUGGAGAAACUGCCUCGGGGAAAGAUGAUGUACCGGUCGGUGUACGAGGCGAAGUGGGGCUACGUGGAGUCGGGCCACGCUGAGGAGCCGCUGGGGAUGAGGGUGGUGGGGGCCAACUCCAGCGAGCCGGAGAAAAUGUGGAGUGCGGGUGAGGUGAACGUCAUACCUCGCCGUGCCCAGAUUGAUGACGUUGAUGACGAGAUGGAUAAGGAGGAGGAGGCCCAUGGCUGUGCGGCUGGAGUUUCUGGUGCUCAUGGUCCGAGAGCGGGUGGCCGUGCAGUAACUUUGUGUGGCUUUCAAGGACGUAUUUGUGCGCAAGGAGGUGCUGCGUGUGUGGAACGUCCUCAAGGAAGAUAUCGACGGCUGGCCCACCGGCGACGAUGA